AUUUCAUCUCUAGCAACUAUUCCAGUCUCCUAUAACCAACAUGGGUCUUGGAAGUAUCAUCACCAAACACAUCAUUCCUCGUGCAGAGAAGAAGUUCCGUGAGCAUCAGAAUGCCCCACCUUCAAUCAACAUCAAGAACUCGCAAUUGCCUGCGCUUCAGGUGCAAGUCUUCUGCCACAACGUGCGGCAAGAUGCCAAAGACCGAAUGGAAGGAGAAGAGCCAUGGACUAUUCGCCGGGAAGGUGUUUGUGCUAACAUCUAUGCUGCCAGUCACAAAAUGCCUACAAUUGUUGGACUUCAGGAGGUUAAACAUAAUCAAUUACAUGAUAUAUUGUAUGGUCUCGGUAAUGACUGGAAAUACUUUGGGGUAGGAAGAGAUGAUGGGAAAACCAAAGGGGAAUUUGCUCCUAUUUUGUACAGAUCCAGCGAGUGGAAACUCUUGAAUGGUGCCACCUACUGGUUGAGUGAUGACUCUUCACGUCCCAAUAUUGGCUGGGAUGCAAAAUGUUCGAGAAUCGUCACUUUGGUUACGCUCCAACAUCUGCUGGGAAAAAUUGUCAAUGUCUUCAACACCCAUUAUGACCACAAGGGUAAGCAGGCACGAAUCAACUCAUCCAAACUUAUCAUGAAAUUGAUGCACCAGGUUGGUGAUGUAAGUGUGUUAUGUGGAGACUUGAACAGUGAAAGUCAUGGAGAAGCGUACAAGACAUUUACCCAGGGAGGAUUGCACGAAUCUUCUUGUUAUUGUAAGAGUAAGCGUGGAUAUGAUCACACAGACACAGGCUUUAAGAAGGGAAGGAAGGAGAAGUCAAUUGAUUUUAUUUGGACGACACCCGAUAUUGACAUCGAAUCCCAUGAGGUCUUAAACCAUGAAUACAAGGGGAUUCGGUGUAGUGAUCACCGACCCGUUACGGCAGUAGUCCAGCUUUAGACAUGUAUAAUUAGAAUGCGAUUUUUAUAUAAACUUUAUUUAAAAGUCUUCAUCUUCGUCUUCCAAGUCUUCACCACUCAAGAUAAAUGGUUCAGGGACUGGAGCUUCAGUGACGUUAAGCUGUCUAACAGUCUUGAUGAAUUCGCAUCUCUUGUGGGGCUGGGUGUCGUUCAACACUAUGAUUCCACUAACACCUCUCGAUUUCCUGACGGGAACAAACCGUGAAUCCUUCAAGAAGGAAGUGUAGUUGGCUUGCGCAGGCAAAACCCUCGACAAAUUUUCGAUUUUGUAGGGGGUCUUGCUGUAGCGUACAGUUUCCUCUCUUUUGUCUUCGGUAUCUUCAGACUUUGUUUCUUCUAUAUCUUUUACCUCAAGCUUGCUUUCGUCAACUUCCAUUUUGUCCAACGGUUCUUCCUUUUCGCCUUCUUUCUUGGUCUGCUUUUUGGCUCUGGCAUUGGCUCUAGCUGUGGUUGAUAAUACCGCCGUGGCAACUUUAUCUGGCUGCUUUUCCUUUGACUCUUCAACUUUUGGUGGAUAUUCAAAGAAUUUGGGUUUGGUGUGACAGUUCAACUCGAACUUGGGGAUCUUCAAAUCCUUGCCUCUUAUACCAAUAACAGCCGUAGGAGUGAAAGAUAACGACAAAAAGUGGGCAAAUGGAAACCAGUACCAUGAUUGCAAGAAAACCAGCAAUCCAACAAUCGCUUUCAUGUUUAAUGUGUUAGUUUGGGAGUUUUCCAAGUUAAUGGUGACAUUUCUACCACCAGCAUGUAUGAUUCCUUGAGCCAAAGUAGCACCGAAUUUGGCUAACGCAUCCUCAUGCUUGUUGCUGAUAGUUGCAGCAAGCUGUUUGUGGAACUCCUUCACCUUCGGAUAGCUAUGUUCGUUUUGUUGGAUCAAAAUCAUCGAAGUUGCCAUUAAAGCACCUUGUCUCACGAAAUCCACUGGGUCUUUAGUCAAAGGUUCCAAAACUUCAAUAGCAGCAGGCAAGGCUCUACCGGCACACGAAAUACCCAAGGCCAUGGCAGUACCAUAACGAACGUGUGGGUUAUAAGAUUGAGAUAAUAAUUCAACAAUUUGAGGAGCAGCAGUGUAGUCUCUAAUCAAAACAAAACCCAAACACAUGACUGCAGCUCUUCUAACAUCAUCAGAGGGAUCAGACACAGCCACAUGUAAUAAUUGUUGAAUAGCUUUGUUGUUACCGGUUCCAGCAUAGGCCAACGCAAUAGUGAAAACACCACCAUAUCUCAACAUGAAGUUCUCUUUACCCAUCAACUCUUUGAUGUAUUUAUCGGCUUCAGCUUCUCUUCCAUAGUUCAAGAGAGUAACACCUAUGGCUAAGCCACGGAUAAUGUUUUCAUGUUGAGUUUCUUCAGCAUAAGUCAUCAUGUCAAGGAUUGCCGAUUCGUUUCCAGAUCCUAACAUAAUCAAACCCAUGGCUAAACCAGCAGCUUGACCAGAAACAGCAGAGUCCAAGUACAAUACCAGCUUCACUGCCUCAUAUAAGGACUCAUUAUUGCUGGCCAUACCGGCUAC